UACAACCGUAGUUUUGCUUGAGUCUUCAACAGAAACAAAAUAUUACAAAACCAUCAACAUGAAAUUCCUGUCGAUCGCUUUCUUGCUCGGCCUCUUGGCUCUGGCUAGUGCUAAUCCACUCAGUCCUGGCAAUGUCAUCAUCAAUGGCGAUUGCAAAGUGUGCAAUGUUCGUGCCUAGGACGACCUAAAUCCUUGAAGUUGCCAUCCUCAUCAUCUGCCAUAUAAUUAAUAACCAAAUAGUACAAUGUUGUGAAUGUGAAGCGUAUAUUUUAAGUACACAAAUCAAACAAAAUAACCACAAAAUGUUUAAUAAAUUCUGCAACGUAAAUUCUUAUCACUAAA